UCUCUAUAUUUCUCUAAUUUCCUCAGCCAGCAUACGGUGUAAUCGAAUGGGUGGUAUUGAAGCUUAUCCAUCAAACUUAUCUCCACCAUCAUUGGCUGUGGUGCUUGAACAACGUGGUUCACCUGAUGAAGUUGCCAGAGUAAUUGAGUUAUCUCCCGUUGAGAUUAAAGAAAAUGAAGUAUGUGUUAAAAUGCUUGCUUCUCCAAUUCAGCCUUCUGAUAUCAAUAUGGUUCAAGGUGUAUAUCCAAUUGAGAUUCCAUUUCCUGCAGUUGGAGGGCGCGAGGGUGUUGGGGAAGUAUAUGCCUUUGGGUCUGCUGUCAAAGGUCUUUCUCUUGGUGAUUGGGUCAUACCAAUGCCUCCUUCACUCGGGACAUGGCAGACUUACGUUGUGAAAAAAGAGAGUGCCUGGCACAAAAUCAAUAAAAACGUACCUAUGGAUCUUGCUGCUGUGGUCUCUGUGAAUCCAUUGACUGCAUUAUUAUUGCUAGAUGACUUUGCUAAACUUAAUUCAGGGGAUACUAUCGUGCAAAAUGGUUCAACAAGUAUUGUGGGGCAGUGCAUCAUUCAGCUUGCCAAGCUUCGAGGAGUCCAUAGCAUCAAUAUUAUAAGAGACAGAGCUGGGUCAGAUGAUGCGAAAGAAAGACUUAAGAAACUUGGCGCAGAUAAAGUGUAUACGGAGAGUCAAUUACAAGUGAAAGACAUCAAGAGUGUCCUGGGUUCCUUACCUGAGCCUGCACUGGGAUUCAACAGCGUUAGCGGCAAUUCUGCUACGUUAGUCCUCAAUUUUUUAAGGCAGGGAGGCACCAUGGUAACUUAUGGUGGUAUGUCUAGAAAGCCUAUUACUGUCUCAACUUCCGCUUUCGUUUUUAAGGAUCUUACCUUACGGGGAUUCUGGCUGAAAAAAAUGAUGAUCCCGGAAAGAAUCCAAGACACCAAAGUUUUGGUAGAUUACCUUUUGAGUUUAAUGCAAGUGGGAAAGUUAAACUAUGAAUUGGAGCUAGUUCCUUUUGAAAAAUUUCCCAUGGCAAUGGAUAAAGCACUAGGAAAACUAGGAAGCCAUCCUAAACAAAUUCUCAAAUUUUGAAUUGCACUUCUUAAUUGCUCAGGAAGAAUUACUUUUGCCUUGCAGGGAGCUUGUGUGUAGCUGAGAGGCAUUGCUUGUCUAACUUUAAGGGAAUCUGCAAUGCAUCUAUGCAGAAGUUUUUGUAAAUUGCAGAAAGUUUGUUGCUUGUAUUUAGGUCCCCUGGUCUGGGCACCUGUCUCUGAGCAUGUUGUCUAACUUGUCUACCCUGCGUCCAUUGGUUGUGGGAGACAGCUCAUGGAACAUGGGAACGGGUUAUAAUUUAUCUUUGAGGUUGUAAACUGGCAGGGUUUUCCAUAAAUUUCAAAGAGUAUUCAUUAAUGUUUGGUCGACUAAUUUAUUUAAAUGGUUGAUGUAUGAAUUGAAAUAUAUCAGAUGAAUACGUAAAUUUGUACA